GACGUUCCCAAAAAGAGCCGUUUGUUCUGCUUCUCAGUAGCUGGUGUGCACACCUGCAGGCUAGGCCAAGUACACGGACUUCCUUUCCCUUAUGAACUCUUAAACAACUUCGGCGCUAAAGUUUGCAGCACUGAAAUUUCCAGCAGGAAAAAGUUGGCUUGUUUUGCAUUGACGUGAUUGUGUGUGAGCCCGCUGCCAUGUCCACAGUUGUGGUAAUGGACCCCGCCAGGGACGCCAGCAACCUGCAGUCAUCCUGUGGCACCGGGGACAGCAUUGCUUCACUGGAUGAAGUCACUAUGGAUUCCACAGCCAAUGAGUCAUCAGAGGAGGAGUCAGCCGGUGAGAGGGAAGCGGAGACUGGGGCCAACACUGAGCUCACCAACAAUCCCACAGACAUCCCCACUGAAUGGCCCACACACACACAGACCGUGAGUGCCCAGCGGCCAGACUCUCUGUCCCUGGCGGUGGCUAAGCCAGACUUGUGGACAUCGAGCGGUGACGGGGAGGUGAAGCUGAGGAUGGGGGAGUCAGGCUUUGCCUCUGAGCCCCCACUCACCGUAGACCAGAUGUUUAAGACUGCUGUGGAGAGGUUUGGCAGCUACACUGCCCUGGGCUGGAAGGAGGGAGAGCAGACCAAGACAAUCAACUACCAGGAGUACUACCAGGCCUGCCGCACCGCUGCCAAAAGCUUCCUCAAGCUUGGCUUGGAGCGCUACCAUGGGGUUGGCAUUCUGGGCUUUAACUCUGCUGAGUGGUUCAUUUCUGACAUUGCUGCCAUUUUGGCUGGUGGGUUUGCAGUGGGCAUCUACACCACAAACUCCCCAGAUGCUUGCCAGUAUGUAGCAGAGAACUGCAAGGCCAACAUCAUUGUGGUGGAGAAUCACAAGCAGCUGCAGAAGAUCCUACAGGUUCAAGACAAGCUGCCACACUUGAAAGCCAUUAUCCAGUACAAAGAUGCACUUAAAGAGAAGAGACCAAACCUCUACACGUGGACUGAGUUUAUGGAGCUGGGCCGUGAUGAGCCCGACACAAAGCUGGAUGAUAUCAUCACUAUCCAGAAGCCCAACCAGUGCUGCACACUGAUCUACACUUCAGGUACCACAGGCCAGCCCAAAGGAGUGAUGCUCAGCCACGACAAUCUGACAUGGACAGCGUUCGCAGUAGGCCGCUAUGUCCGGCUGGCAGAAGCCACCAAGUCUCAGGAGAUUGUGGUCAGCUACCUGCCCCUCAGCCACAUCGCUGCUCAGAUGGUGGACAUCUGGGUCACCAUGAAGGUCGGAGGGGCAACAUACUUCGCCCAGCCAGACGCACUGAAGGGCUCCCUGGUCAACACGAUGAGAGAGGUGCGUCCCACAGCCUUCAUGGGCGUACCACGUGUCUGGGAGAAGAUGCAGGAGAAGAUGAAGUCCGUCGGGGCCAAGUCGUCCACCGUGCGCAGAAAGGUGGCAGUCUGGGCCAAAGGAGUGGGUCUGCAGACCAACCUCAGCAAGAUGAACCAGAAUGGAGCUAUGGCGAGGACGCCCAUAAACUACCGCUUGGCCAAGAAGCUGGUGUUCAAGAAGGUCCGUAAGGCUCUGGGUCUGGACCGCUGCACCAAGUGUUACACAGGCGCCGCCCCCAUCACCAAGGAUACCCUGGAGUUCUUCCUCAGCCUGGACAUCCCAGUGUACGAGCUGUACGGAAUGAGUGAGAGCACUGGACCUCACACCAUCUCUCUGCCCGACGCAUUCCGCCUCACCAGCGUUGGGAAGUUGAUCCCUGGUUGUGAGACUAAGAUUAACAAUCCUGACGAGGAGGGCAACGGGGAGAUCUGCUUCUGGGGACGCCACGUCUUCAUGGGCUACCUAAACCAGGCCGACAAGACCGAGGACGCCCUGGACACUGAGGGCUGGCUGCAUUCUGGAGACCUGGGCAAACACGACGACAACGGCUUCCUCUUCAUCACUGGACGCAUCAAAGAGCUGAUCAUCACAGCGGGUGGAGAGAACAUCCCUCCAGUGCCAAUCGAGGAUGCUGUGAAGGAGGCCGUGCCGCUGGUUAGCAACGCCAUGCUCAUUGGAGACAAGAGGAAGUUCCUCGCCAUGCUGCUCACCAUUAAGUGCCAGGUGAACGGAGACACUGGUGCCCCUGAAGAUGAGCUGAUGCCUGAGGCCGUAGAGCUGUGCCGGAAGCUGGGCAGCAACGCCAUGCGAGUCUCAGAGAUCGCCGGUGGGCGUGACCCGGUCAUCCAUGCCGCUAUCCAGGAGGGUAUCAACCGCGUGAACGAGAAAGCCACCUCCAACGCCCAGCGCAUCCAGAAGUGGACCAUCCUAAACCAGGACUUCUCCAUCCCUGGGGGAGAGCUGGGCCCCACUAUGAAGCUGAAGAGGCCGGUGGUCAUGAAGAUGUACAAAGAGCAAGUAGAGAAUUUCUACAAGGAGGUGGUGACCCCAAGCACCCCUGAUAACUCCAUGCCCCCCAAAUAGGCAUGGGACAAAAAUACCCCUGCAGAGCAAUUCAGAGAAACACUACAAAAGACAUGCAGACAGAACAGUCUUAGACAACCACUCUUUGUUCAGUUCCUGUUUCUCUCCUGUGAACAUUUUUUGCUAGCUUCCUCCUUUCAUUAUUGGGUUUUGUUUACAUUUGUGGGUGUUGUAAAGAAAAUAUGUAUAAGGAAAACAUCCAUGAGAAGCCAUUGUAAGCCUUUAGGAUUUUUUUAAAAGAUGAGUUGUUGAUAUGCUGAUUUCAACUAUUUAUUUUGUAUUAUUGUGAUGAAGAACAAUAAUAUAUGAUAGAUGAAGUACAGUUGUAUGUGAUGAGGCUUUGUGAAUUUACUGUGAUACUUGCAAAUAAAUUGCAUAGAUUCCAAAAAGUCCAUAGGACAUGGUAGUAGAAUUUACUGUGAUACUUGCAAAUAAAUGGCAUAGAAUCCAGAAAGUCCAUAGGACAUGGUAGAAUUUACUGUGAUACUUGCAUAGAAUCCAAAAAGUCCAUAGGACGAAGUCAGAAAUUACUUGGCCCAAAUACACACAUUUGGAUGAUAAAUAAUUAUUACAUCCAGUGAUCCCUGGUCUGGAUUAAAAAUAAAAGAGAUGAAGUAAAGUGACAGGGAAAGAAAACACUGAACAUAUCAUUGUCCUAUUUAUUAUUAUUGUAUUGUUUUUCUGUCUGGUUUGAGUUUUGAUGAAAGUGCGUCUAUCAUUGUGUAGUAGCUCCUAAAUCGUGCAGUUCUGCAAUAAAUACAAAAGACAAGCCCUGGGACGACCAAUGAAAAUUAAGUUGUAGAUUUAGUUGAUUGCUUGGCGCCAUAAGCACAUGGCACAAUGUUGAACUUCUGCACCUACCUUAUCUGAGACAGAGCAUCCAGAUCUUUAUGCUACAGAACCAUAUCAUUCAAGCCAUAUUAGUUAGUCAUGUUUUAUAUCCAAUGACUUUUACGGACUCUGAUCGUCUGUAUGACAUUGCCUGGUCUUGUUGGGAUGUUUUGUAACGAUUGUGUAAAAUUGCUGUGACCAUUUAAAUACUGUAAAUAUGUUUUGCUUACAUUUCCUAUUCUCUGGUCUUUAUCAGAGAACGUGUUAGUCUACAGAUCAUCAGUCUUGUCUUGAAGUGUGAGAGAGCUACCACUUUCCUCAUGCAAACCAGCACAACGCAGACGCGUGUGAUGAGAAAAGAGUUUGGUCCUUGCACCACUGAAUUAGUCUUUCUGAAAACCAGUUCAUUAUAUGUUCUCUGGGGUAACUAAUCUAAAGAGAAUAGAGAAUUGAAUAGCAUUUCAAAAUAAGCAGUCAUCCUGAAACAUUAUAGAUACAAUCUUACCUAAGACAGGUGUGGACUGGUGUUCACUCUUAUUACAUUGCAAGUACUCUCCCUAAACACACACAUAUGCAUGCUGAGUGGAAUUGUGAAAACCAUGUAUCUCUGCUACCUGCUGUAAAUGUUAGGAGAACUUGGACUUCUGAGUCUUAUUGCUGGGUGUGAAUUUUGGCCAUUUGUCAAACCUUUGAGUCAGUACUUGCUAAACAUACUCCCAUGUGCAUCGUAGUAGGAAGAAACGAGUUUGAUUUGUGGUUAAGACUUUGGCUUCCAGUACCUUUUGAUGAAAUACUUGAAUUUGAAGAGAUGUUUAAAACAAAGUCAUCUAAUACGAAUGAAAUCCAAAGAUCCACUAACAUGCCAUUGUCUCAGAUGAAAGUGAGUAGGUCAAGCCCCUUGCAGUUUGCAGAGAUGUUAGAGUGCUUCCAUAUUCAGAGAGAAGCUCAACUGGAGACCCAUGUUGAUGUUCAGGAAGACCUGUAAAUAAACUAUUAGCUUACCAAGA